AGGAGGAGGAGGAAGAGGAGGAGGAGGGGUCCCCGCGGCUUUAUCUCCCACCCGGCUCCGCCCGCCGCCGGCUGUCUCCCGUGACCGCACCGCACGGCGGGCGCAGCGCCGGCCAGGGCAGCGCCCAUGGGCUGCGGCAACUCCACGGCGGGCGGCGCGGGCGGGCGAGGUGCUGCAGGGACUACUAAAGAUGUAGCAGAAGAAUCCAUAUCAGAUGAUGACAAAAGGAGGAACUAUGGUGGGGUGUACGUGGGCCUGCCGUCGGACGCGACUGCCAUGGCUCCCAGCCAGACGAAAGCUGCACCCAAAGAAGGAAAUAAAGACAUCAAGAUGCAAACAGCCUGAGUCUACUAAGACCAGUUGCCAGUGCUUUGGAGAGAGCUGUCUUUGUGCUGAAGAUUUUGGUAUUUACACAGCCUUCCAGAAAGCAAGAGAGAUCAGAGCACCAAAAAAUCCAAACUGUUGCAAGUUCCAACUACGGGUAAAGCUUAAAGUACAGCGUUGAAUCAGUUUCCUGUGAUAGUUGCAUUAUGGAAACCUCCUGCUGUCCUCCAGUGAAAGAUGAAACUAAUGAACUUAUGGUGGAUGUUUCUGCACAAGAGCUAACUUUGAUGAUCUGCAACUUAUUUCUCUGUGGCCAUAUUGCAGAUUCCAUCAGCUAUCAGCUACGCUUCAUAUAUUUUCUCCAACAAUUUUUGAUAGAUUUUAUAUAGAAAACCAUCACUACUGUCCACUCAAUAGUUUCUAUGAAAUCUGCUACUUGGGUUAUCAACGAUUUCAGGCUUCCAGCUCCUGAAGACAUACAUGCGUCUCAUUCUUGACCAUCGACCUCAAACCAAGAUGAAAUAAGCUUGAAGAUUAAGAUUUGGUGUUAAAAUAUCUCUCAGUAUGAAUGAAAGUCUGUAGAUUAUAUCUGCUGAGUCAAGCUCUUGCAAGCCAGGCUGGUGAGGACUCAAGUAGCACUGGGUGAUAAACAUGCAGGCUUCUCUCCUACCUGCUUACCAUAGCAUGAGGGUAUAGUUUCCACUUCACAUGUUCCACAAAUGGCCAAAAUGGUUUGCAUAGCACAAGUUCAUUUAGUACAAAGCAAUUAAGCCCAUGCCUGACCUGAUCACAAUUGUCUUUCCCAAAGCAGAAAAAGCACCAGUUGUCCUAGGAUACAUCAGCAUUCAGCUUGUUCUCAAAAAGCCAACAGCAGAUGCCAGUAAUCAACCUGGUUGUUUAUCCAUUUCUAUCCUUCAGUUGCUGGGAAGAAUCAUCAAAAAGGUGGACAGGGCUAAACUCGAACAUCCCUUGUUCUGCUACUGACAUCUGAAGCCCCCUGUGUGGGCAAGGGAGCAAAGAGGGGAUUGCUGAUCAACAGCUCCUCACAGCUGGUGUGGGACAGUUGCAAAGGGUGCUUUCCUUGGUUUACAUCAUUGCUUGUUUUUCCUGUGCAGAGCUACAGAGAAGCUUGGAGCACUUUGCAGAAUUGGUCUUUUAAUGUUUCAUCCUCUGAAUGUGUGGGAGGUACAGUGGUUUCUUAAUAUUUUUGUUCCUCUGCAUCAUUUAAUCUCAAAAGUUUACUGACCAAUUGACAAAUGUACAGCAUCGCAGACUGGAACCUCUAAAACAGACAUACAUUCAUUUAUGCUAUGCAGACCUGCAUCCAUCAAAGUAAAAAGCUAGGGUCAUGCCCUUUUCUUCAAAUUUCAGACUAUUGUCCUUCGUUUUCCCAAGGAUCCAUGAAUCUAGAAACUGUGUGACAGGACGCUGUAUUCUGUCCAGGCCAAAUUCCACUUAGGGAACUGAUUUUCUGCUCAUGAAAAUUCCUCUGUCAUGAGCAGCCUUUGUUAAUAAAAGCACAUGUCAUUUCAUGGAGAAAUGAGUGUAUCUGCUCUUUCAAAACUUACAAUCUAUGAGUAUUUCUGUUAGGAGGAGGAACAGAAAAGGAACCCUAUAUGCCAGCUGCCAGCUGUGCGUGUGACGGCAUCCUUGGAGAAUAUUUGGGCACUCAGAUGAUGGUUCAAUGGGAGAACUGAGAACAGAACACAAGGAGCCAUUGAAUGACAGUUAUUAUUAAGGAAUAUACUUUGGUUUUGUCGAAACAUCUUGAAUUACCAUUUGUGAAAAAUAAA